GAGGGGAAAAGUUGGACUCGAACAAUCCUGCAGUAACUUUUUUCCUUCUUCUUCUUUCCUUUCUCUCCGUGGAAGAAGAAGUCAAGGGGGGACCAAAGCAGACAGACAGACUCACACUGGAUUACAUUUGCAUCGCAGCUCCAGACUCCCCUGGAUACAAACGCGCAUUUACUGACGGACUAAUGUGGACGCAUAUCUGUGGAUUCACCAGUAGUUGAAGUUGGUGGCUGUGGUGAGGUGAGGUGAGGUGAGGUGAGGUGUUUUUCGGAGGAGUGACACCAUGUGGCUUCUCUGCUCCACUCUGACUCUGUUGGCCCUCAGCUUUGGAUCAUGUGAUGAGCUGACAUCGGAGCAAGAUGUGCAGUGCCCAUCCUUGCAAGUGGACGAGUGGAAGUUUCCUCAGACCGCCAGGCACAACAUUGGUUUUAAUCUGGUGAGGCGAUUCUCUCUGCUCAAGAGUGCAGAUGUCAAGAAGAUCCGCAACCCUCGAGGACCCGUCAUCCUCCGACUGGGCAAGACCGCACUCCUGCGCCCCACCGAUCAGGUGUUUCCUCACGGCUUACCUGAAGAGUUCACCCUGAUCUUCACCCUGGCACUGAAGAAAGCCGCCCUGAGAGACACCAUCUACCUUUUCCAGAUUUCUGACCAGCAGGGAUACCCACAGCUCUCUGUAGACUUCAGCGGCCCUGAUGGCACCUUAUCCCUGCGUGCCAGGGCGGAAGACCCCGCAGCUGACCUGGUGAGCUGCGUUUUCACCGGCGAAGGCGUGGAGGCUCUGAUGGACUUGCGCUGGCACAAGGUGGCCCUCAGCGUGCAACACGGCGCCGCCUCCCUCCACGUGGACUGCAGCUCCAUUGAGACCAAACCCCUGGAGCCCAGAGGAGCGCUGCCCAGUGAUGGACACACUCUGCUGGGCAUCCGGGCUGCAGAUGCCGGGCCUGUGCAGAUGGACAUUCAGCAGGUGAUGCUGUACUGCGACCCCUCUCUCGCCAUUCAGGAGGCCUGCUGUGAGAUACCCGGGGCACGGUGCCCACCAGACGCUCCCAAGAGCCGGCGCGCUGCUGAAAACGACCUGUUGGAAAACACUUUUAAUGAGGACAUUUUCGCGUCCAAGGAUCUGGCACAGAAAUGUGCUGGUUGUUUACUGCUGAAUAGGGAAGAAAAUGUCGUAAAUCCCGGUGGAGUUUCUGGGAUGAAGGGAGAAAAAGGUGACCGGGGUGACGGCUGCUCUGGCUCCCAUUCAGGUCCAUGCACAGAGGGACCCAAAGGCCAGAAGGGAGACAAAGGCGACUCGGCGCUGCCCGCCAACUGGGACAAAGCAGCUGGGUACAAGGGAGACAAAGGUCAGAAGGGAGAGCUCGGUCCACAGGGUCUCACAGGCACUCCAGGGAAGGACGGUCGAACAGGGUCCGUCUGUGUAGUCGGCCCCAAGGGACAGAAGGGUAAACCAGGUUCGGUGGGUCCCGAAGGGUUGGCUGGGGAGCCAGGGAAGCCAGGUCUUCCAGGCCUGCCAGGAGUUGGAAUGCCAGGCCUGCCAGGCCCUCCUGGUGAACCGGGUGGUCCGAAAGGAGACAAGGGAGAAGCAGGACCUGCGGGAGAAGAUGGAUUGCCAGGGGACCCUGGCCCAAGAGGACCAGGAGGGUCUAAAGGAGAGAAGGGUGACCCAUGUGAAGUGUGCCCUGUGCUGCCUGCAGAUCUGGGUAACAUAGUGUCUCUUCAAGGAAAGCCAGGCCCUAAAGGAGAGCCUGGAUUACCAGGAAUCGGAGAGCUAGGACUUCCUGGGCCUGAAGGUGCUGAAGGCAAGCCGGGACAAAAGGGAGAACAAGGAUCAGAUGGCGCCAAAGGAGAAAAGGGGGAGCCAUGUUCUGUGUGCCCCACUCUCGGAGAGCUGCCCGCUAACCUGCUCCCGGGUGUCAUGACCCAAACCCUGCAGCUGAAGGGUGAGAAGGGAGAGCCUGGGAUUGGAAAGAGAGGAGAGAAGGGGGAGCCAGGAAAAGUAGGAUCACCUGGCCUUACAGGAGAGAAAGGUAACGCAGGCAACAAAGGAGCUGAUGGUAAACCGGGAAAACCUGGACAGAGGGGACCCGCCGGCAAGGAUGGACAGAGGGGCAUGAAGGGAGAGCAAGGGCUGCCUGGUCUCGGUCUUCCUGGCCUAAAGGGUGAAAAGGGCGAGUGUGGUAUGUGCCAGUCGGCAGAGGUUGGUAGUGGACCUGCCGUCACCAAAAUGCCUGAGGGAACUCAAGGCAAGCCAGGAGAACAAGGCCCUCCAGGUCCACCCGGACCUCCAGGUCUCGGAGCUGAUGGCAAACAGGGCCCACCAGGUCUUGCCGGUGCGCCUGGAGAAAAGGGUGAACAAGGAGAUCGAGGACCUAAGGGAGAUAACGGUGUUCCCGGAGCCCCAGGACUGCCCGGAGAGCCUGGUCGGGACGGACUAAUGGGUUUUAAGGGAGAGAAGGGUGAUGCUUGUACCAGCUGCUCUUCUGCCGGCACUGUGGUGGGUGAUGCUGUAGUCGUGCCAGGCCCCAAAGGAGAGAGAGGAGAACCCGGUCCCCAAGGAGAAGGCAAACCUGGCAAAAAUGGAAAACCAGGCUUACCAGGUGUUCAGGGGCCCGCGGGUCCCAAGGGAAGCAAGGGAGAUGCUGGAGUCGCAGGCAUUGGACUUCCAGGACCACAAGGUGUAGAGGGACCAAGAGGACUACCAGGACUCGCUGGACCUCCUGGAGGCAGAGGACCGCCUGGACCUGUUGGCCCUGCAGGGGAUAAGGGCUCCAGAGGAGAUGGCGGGCCUCCAGGACCGCAGGGGCCUGAGGGCGUUGGAGUAUCAGGACCCCCAGGCAGAGAUGGAGCCCCUGGCUCUCAAGGAUUGCCAGGAGCUGAUGGCAGACCUGGAUUUGACGGAGCUAAGGGGGACAAGGGGGAACCUGGAGAGUGCAACUGCAUAGGCCCGGCACACACGGGUGUAGGCGGACCUGGAGCUCCAGGAACUUCAGUGCACCCAUGGCAGCCUGGGCCUCAGGGCCCACCAGGACCUCCUGGCCCGCCUGGCCCACCUGGGCCUCAGGGUCAUAUCGGCAUCCAGGGACCACAGGGUAUCCCUGGAAACGACGGGAUACCGGGGAACCCGGGUUUGCCUGGAAUGAGCAACCCCACUGGACCAGAACGGCCGCAUCAAGACACCACUGCCACAUCGGAUUUGGACGAGGGCUGUGGUGAGAGCUGUUCCCAAGGGUCACCGGGGGUGCCAGGCAUGGCUGGUGCCAAGGGAGAAAAAGGAGAUGAUGGCAAGCCCGGGGUAACCCCCUUGGACAGCUGUGACAGGUGUUUGGAGAGACUUCAGAGAGAGCAGGCGACACAAGCAGUGGGUGACCGAUCCUGCACGGGAACACCCGGAAUUCCAGGAUCACCUGGAUCACCAGGAAUAAGAGGAGAGUCGGGCCCUCCAGGAGAGAGAGGACAAGCUGGAUUACCAGGAAACAUGGGACCACCUGGUUUCCCAGGUCCUCAGGGCCCACCCGGGUUAGCUGGUCAGCAGGGUGAGCGAGGGUCACCCGGCCUCACAGGAAUGAAGGGCGAGCAGGGCCCUCCGGGGACGAGCGGGUAUCCAGGUUCCAUGGGGCCGCCUGGACUGCCUGGACUGAAGGGUGAGCGUGGGAGCCCAGGAAUCAGUGGUCAGAAAGGAGAAUCAGGUCCUCCUGGUAACCCUGGGUACCAAGGACUGGCUGGCGCACCGGGCAUUAAAGGAGACACAGGACUGGCAGGGCCUGCUGGUCCCAAAGGGGAUCAGGGUUUCCAAGGACAGCCAGGUUUCCCAGGACCACCGGGUCCACCAGGUGUUGCUGGCAAAACUGGAAGAGAUGGGCAACCUGGGCUCAAGGGUGAAAGAGGUAACGAUGGCACUCAAGGCUCUCAGGGACCAACUGGACCCCCAGGCUCACCAGGCUCCCCAGGGCUGAUGGGCCCCCCUGGUAUUGAAGGAUUGGAUGGAAAAGAUGGGAAACCAGGGUUGCGGGGAGAAGUAGGCCCUCCAGGUCCAGCAGGACCACGAGGAAUCCCAGGAUUCAAAGGGAAAACUGGCCAUGUUGGCUUCCCUGGACAGAAGGGUGAAGCUGGACCUUCAGGUCCGCCUGGACCAUCAGGCAGACCAGGUCACGAUGGUGAUCCCGGCAUCCCAGGACCUCAGGGACGACCUGGACCCUCUGGCCACGUUGGUUCUACUGGUCCAGCUGGACCACCAGGACCUCCUGGUCCAUCAGGAGUGGGUAUAAAAGGAGAUAAGGGCCAAGCUGGUGAUAGAGGUCUCCCAGGGAUGGGAGGAUCCCCCGGACCACCCGGGCACCCAGGGCCCAUGGGUGAGCCGGGGAAUGACGGUGCUGCUGGUAAAGAUGGAGCCGCAGGUCUGCAGGGGGACAGCGGGGCGCCAGGUCAAAAAGGUGAGCCAGGGGCCCCAGGCCAGAGGGGUCCUGCAGGAGAGAGAGGUAGACCGGGGCCCCCUGGUGGUGGAGGUUACCAUGGCAAAGACGCACAGCCCAUGAUUGGCCCAGUCGGACCCAGAGGAGAGAGGGGAAGCCCCGGCCUGGAGGGCCCUGCAGGGCUCCCAGGAACUCCAGGGUCACCAGGAAAUGAUGCUGUAGUCAAUUAUGAUGAAAUCAAGAACUUCAUCCGCCAGCAGGUCAUCAAGAUCUUUGAUGAGAGAAUGGCCUACUACAUGACUCGCAUGCAGAUGCCAGUAGAAAUGGCAGCAUCCCCAGGUCGGCCUGGGCCCCCAGGGAAAGACGGAGCGGCAGGUGUACCCGGGAACCCAGGUGCCCCUGGACUCCCGGGACAGAUCGGUAGACAAGGCCGGCCAGGAGGCCAGGGACCCCCGGGACCACGAGGACCACAGGGAGAAAAAGGAGACAAGGGUAUCGGAGAGAUGGGAGAUAUAGGACCUCCUGGAGCACCAGGUGUCCCAGGCCCCCCAGGCUACGGUAAGAUGGGACCCCCAGGUCCUGUUGGCCAGCAGGGUGUUCCCGGGAUCCCAGGACCUCCUGGGCAGCCUGGUUCAAAGGGACAUGAUGGCCGAUGUAAUCCUGGAGACUGUAUGAGCCAUCAAGUAGAAUACAGCCCCAAGGGACCUGUCAAAGGCCCCUGGUAGAGGGACAGAGGAGAGGGACAGAGGGGACUGAAGCAAAGAAACUACAGAAAACAUGAAGCCAAAGACCGUGACCCAAAGUUAUUAAAUCUGAUCACAGGAUGAAAACAAGGAGCUCCUUUGUUGUUCGGUUGUAUAGAUUUAUUCUCACUUAUUUCUGCUGUAGUUGUGAGCGAAAAUCCACAAUUUCUCACUAAGGGCCCCGCUGGAAUGAGGCUUGCACAGACGCACCGGCAGCAGCACAUUUUAUUGCGUCAUUCUUUUUCCCUAUGAAUGCCAAUUCAUUGCUAUAUUACUGCCUCUUAUUUUGGUCGUGUCUCUUUUUUUUCUGUUCCACUCCUUUUGUACAUUUUCAAACAAACCCAGGGGGAGGUGACAAGAAUCACAACCUGUAUUUUCUUCUCCUCGAUUAAUGCUGGCCUCUUCUGUUUCUUUUUUUUUUCAUUUUCUUUUGCCUAAAUCUCUAGCAAGAACGGACACACGAUUAUUGUAGCACUUUGCUUCCACCUCUCGUAUCUUUUUUUUCCUUUCACACAGAAUCACUUUCAGAAAGCAUCCCAUGCAUUUCUAAUCUCCUGUUAGUGCUUAUGGUGUGAUACAUAUUUGAAUUUGACCUGUAAGAGAAUACCCAGAGAAAUGUAUUUCAGUGCUGUAGGAACAGAUGUCAGAAACGUGCAUUCAUACCCUCUUUGAUGGAUUGACUGUUUUGUAUAUAUUUAUAUUUAUAUAUAGUGGCUUUUUUAUACUUUUUCAAACAAUUUGAUAGGAAGGCACACGCAUGGUUAGCCACUUAUUUUUCAUGCAUACAAAGCAACAACAAAUGUCAAAGGGAUAUUUUUCUAAGGUGUAUAAGCUUUCAAAAUGGAAUAAUGUGCUCAGUAAAAGACAAAUUAUUGAAGAAAAUUGUGUUUACACAAGAAAGCAUAUUGGUUUUUAUAACCAUUUCGUGCCGUUUUAACGCCAGUCUUUUUGGAAAUGCAACCUUUUUAAAGCAUCUCAUUUCAUUUUGUAUUCCAAAGUAAAUGUAAUAGCCAUCUUUCAGCACUUGUUUGAGGAAAUAUUUGCAAUAUUUGAGCCCAUUCACUGAAGGUACUGUAAUGCAGAAUGCUGGGCAUGGCCACCAAGCCCACACAAUCGCCUAAAGAUAAAGAAAAUAUUCUGAAAAGCAUCACAAACAGCUCUUGUAAUGCUACAUGUUACUGUAUUUUGGGGUUUUUAUAUUUUAUUUUUAUAUCUGAAAGUCUACAGAGUUUUAAAUCACCACCAUCUCUUACCAUCGCUGUCGUUUAAUUAACAUUUUUUAAACUAUGACUCGUGGUCAGACUAAUGUUUCUCACAAGCUAACCCAAGGGAAAUGUUCAACUUCAGACUGAAUUAAAUUGCUUUUCAAAGAA